AUGGCUGCCUUCCAUCCUCUCGCGAUCAUCGUGUUCGUGUCCCUCCUGGCCGCCGGUGCAACCGCAAACUAUGGCUACACCACACCAUCGCCAUCGCCGCCCCCGCCGCCGCCACAGCAGCAGUACACCCCGCCGGCCCACAGCGACAAGCUGCUGGUAAGGGUGGAGGGUAUGGUGUACUGCCAGAGCUGCGCGCAAAGGAACACACACAGCCUCGAAGGCGCGAAGCCGCUGCCUAAGGCGGAGGUGUCCGUCAUCUGCCAUGACGCCAAGAAUCGUGUCAUGGUGAGGUGCCGUCGGGCCGUCACCGAUGAUAACGGCUACUUCCGCGCGGAGCUCGAUGAGACCAAAGUCUCCGACUUCUACAUGGGCGAUCCGCGCAAGGCGUGCUAUGUGCGGCUUCGGGCCUCGCCGGACUUCGAAUGCAACAACCCCACAAACAUCAACUACUCUAGCAUUGAGGGUGCGCCGCUCCAUGACGAGGGCAAGCGGUGGGCUGACCAUGACUACUAUAACGUCAUGUACGCCACCGGCCCACUCGCUUUCCGGCCGGCGAUCUGCCCUCCUAAGGGCUAG